AGAACAAAGGCAAAGCUGAAUUACUGAAGAAACUAGAGCAAGAGAAAUUAAUCGAGGCAGAAAAGAAACGGAUUGCGCAGAUCCGUCAGCAGCAACUGGCAACAGAACAGUUUCAAUUCUUUGAAGAUCAGUUAAAAAAGCAAGAAAUCGCUCGGGGUCAGAAAACUAAGAAUAAUUCAGUUACAUCAGAGCCAGCUGAUGCGAACACAUUGUCGCCUGCUCCACACCUGAACAAUACUUUCCCCAAAAUAAUAGCCAACAAGUGUGAUGCUUCUGCUAGUCACUCUCCUCCAAUCAGUCGGGCCUUAAAGCCAGCUGCUACCUUAAGUGCCGUUCAGAGUUAUGCAUUUGACUAUGGCAAGGAGAAAUUUUACUCCAAGAUAUGA